GAUUUUUGUUGUGUCUUCUUGUGUUAAAAUUUCGUUUGAAACUUGGGCGUGUCGACAAAAAAUGAUAUUUUAAAAAUUUCCUAAUUUUACCUCAAUAAAAUAAAUUAUAAAGUGCCUUAUUCUUAAAUAUCAAUUAUGUCUUAUUUGUUAAUAAUUUGCUCAACUUUAUUUGUGCUCCCGUACAUCCAUGCUCAAUAUGGAUUUAUUGAACAAAAACCAAGCAAUAUGAUAUGGUGUACGAAAAGCCUACAAGAACUAUAUAAAUGUACAAACCUGACUAAAGCUAUUGAACGUGAUAUAACGUUUUUCGAUGAUGUAUUGCUGAAUGUAACAUGCUUUCAAGCAUACAGCGCUCAAGAGUGCAUAGAACAUAUAGACAGAGAACGUGCACAUAUAACUUCACUGGAUGCUGGUGAUGUAUUCAUGGGUGGACGAUAUCAUUCAUUGAUCCCAAUUAUGCAAGAAAAAUUUGAAGGCGGUUUUACCAACUACUAUUCUGUUGCUGUAAUGAAAAAGAAUGAUGUACCAGAACUGACGAGUAUUCGUGACCUCCGUAACAAAAAAGCUUGUUUCCCAUGGGUUGGCAGCUUGGCUGGUUGGAUAAUUCCAAUUUAUACGCUACAACAUGAAGGUGGAAUGGAAGUUAUUGACUGCAAUAAUCAAGUUAAAACGGCUGCAAAUUACUUCAACGAUUCUUGUGCGGUUUAUUCAUUGAUAGAUAAGUACAAUCCGAUUGGAGACAAUUCUGACAAAUUAUGCAACUUGUGUACGGGUAAAGUACAAGAAGGCAGAUGUACAUCGAAUGAUCCUUACUUUGGCUAUCCUGGUGCAUUCAAGUGUCUUCUUGAAACUGGACAAGUUGCUUUUCUUCGGCACACAACAGUUAAGGAAAUGAUAGAAAGCCCCGAAUUCAAUACUAUUUCUGCAGACCGUUUUGAAUUGUUGUGCAAAGACGGUCGUAGAGUUCCUAUAACUGAAUUCAUGCAAUGUAAUUGGGGUCUAGUUCCAUCCGAUGCGAUCAUUGCAUCCUCUGCUCGAUCCUUUGACGAGCGCAAAAAAUAUCAACGAUUUUUGGAACGUGUAGCCGAGGUUUAUGGAGAAACUCCUAUGUUAAACGAUACAAAUACAAACGAUAAAUUUAAUCGAAAAUAUAACAAUGAUCAACAAAGUGGUGGCAAUAGAAAUAAUUACGACCAGGAUAGAUACAAUAGUAGAACCUACAAUGAUAAUGGAUAUUCUCAAAAUACUUACAAUCAAUAUGAUAGCAGUCGACGAAAAAGACAAAUUGAUUCAAGUUUUCGAACAUCAACCGAUCGUAACAAUGUUGGAAACGGAAAUGAAUCGACUUUAAUAGAGACUUUUAAAAUUUUCGAAUCGAAGAAGCACGGAAAGCCAAAUCUUUUAUUCCAGGAUGUUUGUAGAUCACUUGUUCGGGUGAAAGAAGAAGAACAGUCAUUUAGUAAAUAUUUAUCAAGUGUAAUGCAUUAUAUUUAUGGAAUUCGAGAAUGUCCAGUCGGCAGAAUGACAUUGUGUGUUACCUCUGAUCCAGAAUUGGAAAAGUGUAUAAAAAUGAGGACCGCUCUUAAAGCUCAAAUAUUAAAACCAGAACUGCUUUGCUAUAAGGCCCAUUCGCAUAUAACCUGUAUGCAGUCAAUUCAAACAGGUCGUGCUGAUGUUGCUGUUCUUGAUGCUGGUGAUGUUUACACAGCUGGAUUGAAUUACGGACUGAUUCCUUUUAUGUCCGAAGUGUAUAACCUUGGAGAACCAGAAUAUUAUGUGGUUGCUGUUGGCAAAGAAGAGGAUCCUGACACGGAACUAACAUACCUAAAAGGAAAAAACACUUGCCAUACCGGAAUCAAUAUGGCUGCCGGGUGGACUUAUCCGAUGGCAUAUUUCAUUUCAAACGGCUGGAUUAGACCAUAUGGUUGUGACAGCAUUCGAGCAGCUGCAGAAUAUUUUACAAAAUCAUGUUUACCUGGUGCAAUAAGCAGUGAAUACAACACUGGGGUUCCAUAUGACAGUAUGUGCGACUUGUGCCAUGGCACUAGCUAUCGUUAUUGUCGCAGAGAUGCUUCCGAGGACUACUAUGGACACACUGGUGCGUUUAGGUGUUUGGUUGAGGGUGGUGGUCAUGUGGCGUUUAUGAAACAUACAACAGUAAUGGAGAGCACAGGUGGCAAACGCAAGGAGUGGUGGGCUCGAAACACCCUCAAUGAUGAUUUUGAACUGCUUUGCACUGAUGGAACUCGUGCUGAAUUAAACGAAUAUCAACGAUGUAAUUUAGGAAAAGUGAAGGCAAACGCCGUUGUGGCUAGAGGAGGCAAUGGGUUAAAUGUAACUGAACUCAAUGCAUUUAUUAAUCUCCUGACAUACGCCCAGCAACUGUAUGGCCGUAAAGAUGUGGACGCAUUCAGUUUUAGUAUGUUCUCGUCUGCAGCUCCAUAUUACGAUUUGAUUUUCCAAGAUGCAACACGUCAAUUGCAAAUUAUCAAACCAGAAAAACGAAGUUAUGAUGUUUACUUAGGUGGCAAUUAUAUGAGAGCGCGUAGAAUAACUGAUUGCUAUGCAGGAGCUAGCCAAGUAUCUAUGUCUAUUUAUUUAAUAUUGCUGAUAAUAAGUCUAAGUGCCUUUCUUAAUAUCAAUUGAACUUGAAAAGUCAAUUGAAUUAUUGUGUAAUUAGUACAAGAGUAAAAUUAAAUGUGUCUCGAAUAUUUUUUUAAAUUAUAUCAACCGUCCAAAAACAUUCCA